UUGUUCAAAAAUGAUUAUAUGUGUAUGUAACGUUCUGCAGAUAAUACCAAAUGUGUUGUGACAUAAUAGUAAAAUUAGUAAACAAUGAUAAACGACACUGUUGAACAAUGAUAUAAACGCUCAAAAAUGUUCAUAAGUUGUAUAAGUAACUUGCAUGUAAGUAGUUAGUUUAUCGUAGUUUGUUGUUAUCAAUAUCACCGUAAAAUGUAUCGAACACUUCCGAUAUUAUUCAUCACCACAUGGAUAAUGCUAUUCAGAGUUCAUCAAAAUAAUGCAAAUUUUUUGAAGUAUGGUUGGAAUUUUGUACAAGAUAUGUUCAUCGAAGGAAGCACUGCUAAUAAUCUAAUAAAACUGUUGUUUAUCGACGAUAAAAAUAUAGACAUCAGAUACUGGAAUGAGUAUCGUGGAAAUGAUAAAUCGAUAAAAAUAAAGUUUGGUUACGAAAACGAAAUAAAAAAAUAUUGGAUUCCGAAUUUACCUUUAAAAGUGAUAAUUCACGGAUGGCUUGAUUCAACUAAACAAACAAAUGGUGUGUUCAACAUUAAGACAGCUUAUGUCAACACUGGAGGAUUUAAUGUACUGACUGUGGAUUGGGGAGCUAUAUCUGCGAACAUAAAUUACCCGAUGUCAGUACUGAUGACGUCGGAAAUCGGUUCAAUGCUGGCCAAAGUGUUGGCGAAUAUUGUGAGGCUACGUAUCGUUGAACCGAAAGACAUACACCUGAUCGGACACAGUCUCGGAGCACACAUAGCCGGAGCGUGUGGUUCUUCUUUCGGUACAAAUAAAAUUGGCCGGAUUACAGGUCUCGAUCCGGCCGGGCCAGGGUUUGAGUAUGCAAAAUUUCAAAAAAAAGGACUUGAUAGGACGGAUGCUUUAUUCGUGGAUGUGAUCCAUACUUCAGGUGGAUCUACAGGCUGUUUCAAUGCUUUAGGACAUGCAGAUUUCUAUCCGAACGGAGGCAGUCCACCCCAGCCGGGCUGCUAUGAGGGCAUCAAGUUUUCGCGACUAAUUGGACUUUUAAGUUGCAGCCACUCGAGAGCAUACAGUCUUUACGAAGAUUCAGUAUAUCAUCAUAAGUCUAUGAUUGCGGUGUAUUGUUCGUCAUGGGUGCAUUACGUUAACCAUAAAUGUGAUCAUAACUUUGAAACACCGUUGGGACAUGGUGCUUUAACCAGUGCAAGAGGCAACUUUUAUUUGAGUACCAAAAGCACUGCACCUUAUGCUUAUUCAGAACACUAUAAGGAAGACUUAUAAAACUAUGUUUAUUGUUUUCAUAUAGAAGUUGUUGAGAUGUGAUUACUCGAAUUUAAAGGAGUAAAUUAGUCAAUUUUAUUUAUUAACUAUAUAUUAAUAUUAAUAAGUUUCAUAGACUCAAAGUAAUGUAUGUUGUAAUUAUUUAUAUUGUAUUUGUUUAUCACAAGGCAUUGUAUUUUUCGUAUAUGAUAUUUAAUGUUAUAAUAUAAUUUUUAUAAAAGUUCAAGCAUUGACAAUAUUUAUUAUUAUCAAAACUAUUUCGUUGGUAUGUAAUAAUGGGACUAAAUAUGUCAUAAAUAAUUAUCACGUUAAUAAUGUCGUUGUGACUCAUUCAAAACGGACAAUAGUUGUUAUGAUCCCCAAUGUUUCAAUCGAUAUUUUAUAAUUUCGUACAUAAUUUGUUCUUCCCAAUGUAUAUACGGGGUACAAUAUAUAAGUUAAUUCCUUAUUAUUAAAAUACUUAAAAGAAGAUAACAAAGUAAAAAUAUUUUUUGCUGGAGUGUUGUUUCAAUCUAACUCAUAGCAAAAUACUUAAAAAAAAAAAAAAACAGUAUAAUUAAACACGUUCCACGAAAAGCAAACUCCACGAAUAAAUCAUAUUGUAUUGGACUUCUGGAUCCUAUCAAUAUAUUACCGAAUUUGUUUUUAUUUUUUUAUAUACUCGUAAUAUUGUUCUUAGUGUUUAAUCAUAAUCGUAGUGCGCUCGAUAAAGGUAGCUUAGUAAACUGGAUAGUUUUUAUCAAACUAAUCCACCUGCGUAUGGUAGAUUUUGUUGGGUAAUUAUGUACAUAUAUUUGCAGAAACUGUUAGCUAUAUAAAUUACGUGGUGUUCGAAGUUUGGUAACUUUUUAAUAGAUAUUUUCCAUCAGAUUCUUUGACUCAAAAGAUAUUGUAUUUACUCAAUUAGCAUGGUUACAUCAUUUUAUCACCUACUUUCUAACGGUUGUAAUACUUCACUGUAUAUGUACCUAUUUUUUUUAUUUUUUUUUUUAUACUUAAGUACAAUUUUUAUCGAUAAA